AUGUCUGCAAUGGAGGAUGGAGAUGGGCAACACCACAUUGAGAUGGAAAACCAAUCUGUAGUGUAUAUGUUGGUUCUAACUGGACUGUCUGAUCUUUUGAAUCUUCAGCUUCUCCUUUUCUUGCUUUUUCUUGUUGUCUAUUUUAUGACUCUUAUUAUAAACCUUCUCAUCCUUCUCCUGAUCUUCACUGAUUCCCAUCUUCACACCCCCAUGUACUUCUUCCUUGGAACCCUGGCAUGUCUGGAUAUGAGUUACUCCUCAGUCACUGCCCCAAGAAUGCUCUUUGAUUUAUUUACAGGAAGAAGGAUAAUUUCUGUACCAGCUUGUAUAACUCAAGUCUACUUCUUCAUCUUUUUUGGUGUAUCAGAGGUAUUUUUGCUGGCAGUGAUGUCCUAUGACAGAUACAUUGCUAUCUGCCGCCCUCUUCACUACAUGCAGAUAAUGAGCUGGAAUGUUUGUGUUCAGUUUGUAUCAGGUGUGUUGGUUUCUACUUCAGUAUAUUCCUUGCUGCACACUCUUUUUUUAAGUAAACUGACCUUUUGCAGCUCUAAUGUUUUGCAAAGUUUCUUUUGUGACCUGCCCCAGUUGCUUCAGGUCUCCUGUAGUGACACAUUCAUCAAUGUAUUGCUUAUAUUUCUCUUUGGAAUAUUGUUAGGAAUAGGAAUUUUAGGGGUCACCUUUUACCCAUACAUCACUAUAAUUAUUACUGUUCUGAAAAUUCCAUCAAAAAACAUGAGAGCCAAAGCUUUCUCCACCUGCUCCUCCCAUCUAACUGUGGUCUCUAUAUUUUACAGUACUGCUUUCUUCAACUACUUCCGCCCAAAUGCAAAGUAUCAUUUCACAGAGGACAAAGUGGCUUCUGUAUUUUAUGCAAUAUUAACUCCCUUUUUAAAUCCUCUGAUCUACAGUCUGAGGAACCAGGAGCUCAAAACAUCUUUAAAAAGAACUUUACACUCACUGUAA